AUGCAGCCAAGAUUAUGGGUACAUGCACAUGUCAUUGAUGCUUGGACUAAUAUUUUGAACUAUGGAGAAAAGCUUAAAUCAAAUUCUACAGUGAAUCGGUAUUUCUUUAAUACAUCAAUGGUGAGACAGUUCAUAUUUGACAAAAAUAUCCCUUUAAAUGAAAGGUUUGAUCAAUUUGAGUCAAAUAUCAAAGAUGCAAUGAAAAAGGACAAAGAACUUCUGACAUUUGAAAAAGUUCACUUGGUGUUUUUACCAGUUCAUCAAAAAAAUUACUUUUACAUCAUCUGCAUAAACUUAGAGGAACCAUUGUUUGAUGUUAUUGACAAUAGGAAUUCAGUUGCAAAGUUUUCUGGAGCUUAUCAUGAUGCACCUAAUGAAUUGAAAAUACUUUUUAGUAGGUACUUGAUGAGGGUCAAUCAGAAAUCAGCUUCAACUUUAGAGGGUGUUGAACCAAAAGGGGUGAGCAUGAAUUGGUGCACGAGAGAUAAUCAUGUUGACUAUGGAGUUUUUUGCAUGCAUCAUAUGGAGACAUAUAUGAGAGAUAAAACAGUAAAUUGGAUAUGCGGGUUGCCAAAAGAAUCAAAACAACAACAAAGUGUGUUAAACGAUUUACACAUUAAGUAUUUAACAAAGAUACUAUUGAGUGACGCAAACAUAUACAUGUCAAAAAUCAUUGCACAAACAGCUAAGUUCGCAAAAAAGACUAAUGAAGAAAUAAAAGAUUUUCUCAACAAGGGAUGGAAAAAAGGGGAGAGAGGAUAUAGUACUUCAAGAUUUGGAAAAAGAAGUGUAAAACUUAAAACUUAG